GUCACUCAGCACGAUCGCAUUUAUUUUUGUUUUUCUUGGUUUCCGUGGUUUUUUUUCACAUAAACUUGCUGCAAAUCGAGACGCAAGGGCCUCAAAGCUCAGAAAAUAUAAGAAAAUAUUCGGAUACGAUGGUUUGAUCAGUUCAACGGUCGGAUCCUCCAAACAAGGAGCGGCAAAUGCGUGGAGCUUCCAUUAAAAUUCCCCAAAGGCAACUGCUUAAUGUUUUUUUAUAAGCGGAUAAUUACAUUUUGGCUUUCCACGCACGCCCCGCGCACGAUUCAAAUGAAGCCCUCGAUCUUCUCCCUAUGGGUGGUCCUGCACCUUCUUUCUAUGAGCGAAUCAGGUGCCAGUGUGACGAAGCUGGAUGUGGAACUGGAAGCAAUAAAUGGCACGUUAAACUACCGGCUAUACGCCACGAAGGGAAAGGACGACAAGCCCUGGUUCGACGGCCUGGAUAGCUCGCACAUCCAAUGUGUGCGACGAGCGCCCUGCUAUAGCACUUCUAAUGCCACCAAUACCUGCUUUGGCUCCAAGUUGCCCUACGAUCAGAGCAGUCUCUACUUAACAGAUUUUCACACCGAGAAGGAGCUAAACGAGAAGCUCAACGAUUAUUAUGCCCUCAGGCAUGUGCCCAAGUGUUGGGCGGCCAUACAGCCCUUUUUGUGCGCGGUCUUCAAGCCAAAAUGCGAAACAAUAAACGGUCAGGAAAUGGUCUACCUGCCUUCGUACGAAAUGUGCCGGAUUACCUUGGAACCGUGUCGCAUACUGUACAACACGACGUUUUUCCCGAAAUUCUUGCGUUGCAACGAGACGCUCUUUCCCACGAAAUGCACGAACGGAGCACGAGGCAUGAAAUUUAAUGUUACGGGCCAGUGUCUGAGUCCAUUGGUACCUGCGGACACUGCGGCCAGCUAUUAUCCCGGUAUCGAGGGCUGUGGCGUUAGGUGCAAGGAUCCUCUAUACACAGACGACGAGCAUCGGCAAAUCCACAAGCUGAUUGGCUGGGCGGGGAGCUUGUGCCUGCUUUCAAAUCUUUUUGUUGUGGCCACGUUCUUCAUUGACUGGCAAAACGCCAACAAGUAUCCGGCUGUGAUUGUGUUCUACAUAAAUCUGUGCUUUCUGAUCGCGUGCAUUGGAUGGCUGCUGCAAUUCACAUCGGGCUCGCGGGAGGAUAUAGUGUGUCGCAAGGAUGGCACACUGCGUCACUCAGAGCCCACGGCCGGGGAGAAUCUCUCGUGCAUUGUGAUCUUUGUGCUGGUGUACUACUUCCUCACGGCCGGCAUGGUUUGGUUCGUCUUCCUCACUUACGCCUGGCACUGGCGGGCCAUGGGUCAUGUGCAGGAUCGGAUCGAUAAAAAGGGCUCGUACUUCCAUUUGGUGGCCUGGUCCUUGCCCCUGGUGCUCACCAUCACCACGAUGGCGUUCAGUGAGGUGGAUGGCAAUAGCAUCGUGGGCAUCUGCUUUGUGGGCUACAUCAAUCACCCGAUGCGGGCGGGUUUGCUCCUAGGCCCGCUCUGUGGGGUGAUCCUCAUCGGUGGCUACUUCAUUACGCGUGGCAUGGUGAUGCUCUUCGGACUGAAGCACUUUGCCAACGACAUAAAAUCGACGUCGGCCAGCAACAAAAUCCACCUGAUCAUCAUGCGAAUGGGUAUAUGUGCGCUGCUCACUUUGGUCUUUAUCCUGGUUGCCAUUGCCUGCCAUGUCACUGAGUUUCGGCAUGCCGAGGCAUGGGCCCAGAGCUUUAGGCAGUUUAUAAUUUGCCAAAUAUCUUCGGUUUUUGAAGAGAAAAGCUCAUGUCGCCUUGAGAAUCGGCCCAGUGUGGGUGUUCUUCAGUUGCAUCUGCUGUGCCUCUUUAGCUCCGGCAUAGUCAUGUCCACUUGGUGUUGGACACCAUCCUCCAUUGAGACCUGGAAGCGGUAUAUCAGGAAAAAAUGCGGCAAGGAGGUGAUAGAAGAGGUUAAAAUGCCCAAGCACAAGGUCAUUGCCCAGACAUGGGCUAAGCGCAAGGACUUUGAGGACAAAGGACGACUCUCCAUAACGCUGUACAACACCCACACGGAUCCCGUGGGCCUCAACUUUGAUGUAAACGAUCUGAACUCCUCGGAGACGAAUGACAUCUCUUCCACGUGGGCCGCCUACCUGCCGCAGUGCGUGAAACGACGCAUGGCUUUGACGGGAGCAGCCGCAGCUGGUGGAGGAGGAGCAGGUAAUUCCUCGAGUCACGGACCGCGUAAGAAUUCCCUUGAUUCGGAGAUCAGUGUGAGUGUGCGUCAUGUUUCCGUGGAGUCGCGUCGCAACUCGGUGGACUCUCAAGUCUCGGUGAAAAUCGCUGAAAUGAAAACCAAAGUGGCAUCCAGAUCCAGAGGAAAGCAUGGAGGCGGAGGCGCCAACAAGAGAAGCCAUCGAAGACGGGACUACAUAGCAGCGGCCACGGGGCGAAGCAGCCGUCGCCGAGAGAGCAGUACCUCGGUGGAGUCGCAGGUCAUUGCCCUGAAAAAAACCACCUACCCAAAUGCUAGUCACAAAGUGGGCCUCUUUGCCCAUCACAGUUCCAAGAAGCAGCAGCACGGCAGCUCGAUGAAACGGCGGUCAGGGAAUGCGGGUCUGGAUCCCUCCAUUCUAAACGAGUUUCUGCAAAAGAACGGCGACUUCAUCCUGCCAUUUCUUCAGAAUCAAGAUAUGAGCUCCAGUUCCGAGGAAGAGAACUCGCGAGCGUCGCUCAGGAUACAGGAUCUCAAUGUAGUUGUGAAGCAGCAGGAGGAGGAAGAUGAAGAGGAGGAGCGGCUCAGUGAGGAUGGCGGCAUCCAAAUUGAAGAGCUACCAAAUAACAAGCAGACGGCCUUUGGGAGUUUUCUCAAGAAUAUGAAGAAAUCAAACGAAUCUAAUGGGCAUUCCCGGCACUCCGCUAGGAGUCGUCAGUCCAGAAAAUCCACCCGCAAGAGCCAGCCCAAGAACACAGGUUUAGAGCUUGAUUUUAAGCGGGAUUGUGUAAGGAAUCGGACGAAUAACGACUCCCUCAGCUGCUCCUCUUUGGAACUGGACGUGGCCCUGGAUGUAGGCAGUCUUCUGAAUAGCUCCUAUUCGGGAAUGUCCCUUGGGAAGCCCCAGAGCAGAAACAGCAAAACCAGCUGCGAUGUGGGCAUCCAAGCGAAUCCGUUCGAGCUAGUGCCUACCUACGGCGAUGAGGAACUGCAGCAGGCCAUGCGACUUUUGAAUGCGGCCAGUCGGCAAAGAAAUGAAGCGGCAGCCAAUGAUGAUGGAGUCGGCACGGAGCUGCAGUCUUUGUUGGGUCUGUCCCAGCGGCAUCACAGGAUAGAACCGACAUUUAUGAGCGAGUCUGACAAGCUAAAAAUGCUGCUGCUGCCCUCGAAAUAACAAGACUUUAAAAAAUGCAUUUACUUUAGUUUGGUAAAACUCGAUUAAAAAGGUCCAGUUUCCGUUGUCAGUUUUAAUGACGAUUAGGUAUUUUAGGGUUUAAAUAGAGUAAAGCCAAGCUCAAUUAAGUCAAAUCGUUUCGAGAUUUAUAAAUAUCAGACUGCAGAAAUGUGUGUAGCUAUGCGAUCCUUAAAUAAUUCAAAACGUACUUUUUAACUCAUUUCGAUUGAUAAAUUGGUUUAACAAAUGGAUUUAAUAGAUGCUGGAAAUUGUAUAAUUUUUCCUUUGUUUAGAUUAUUCGGUAACCUUUACCUUUAUCUUUACCUACUUUUUUAAUCAAUCUGACUUCACUUGGCUUUACAUUGGUCCUAAACUCAUAUCCUUUACAAAAGAAACGGGACAUUUUUUAUUCUAAUUUGAUAUUUUCUUUGAACUAUACGCAAAAAACGUGAUAUUUCAUCAAAAACUCCAGGAAUGCACUAGAAGCGGUAGCUUAGCAAAACAAAAUAAUGAUACCGGCUUCCAAGCAUGUUUUUUAUGCAUCCUUACACUUAAGCCCCAUCAAAUUUACUCUUAAUUGUUUUAUUGAACAAAUUAGGCGUGACUACAACGAAUUACGAAUGCUCAUACAUAGUAAGAACUACGAAUGUUAUUUUACAAAACUCUCCUCCCUUAACUUAGCUCAUAAGGAGUUCUCUGACUUAUGUCAAAGAAUAUGCUAAAUCUAAUAGAUAAAUAAGGACGAAUCCUGGUUAUAUUAUUUUUUUUUAAUUUAGCAUUUUCUUUGGCGUGGACUUUCAAAUAGACUCUAGAUUAUACAUAUAAACCUAAUGUACAAUACGAAGUACAGAGACAGUACCUCUCGAAGUGCCUUUAUAAGAUUACAAAAUAUCAAUAAUCUGUUGUCUGUGUAACGAAUAAACCGAUUUUAAAUCCUCAAAAUAA